UGGAGCUCCUCUGUCACAUGAGGGAACGAGGGCGGCGGUGGGAAGCGGUGUCGGGAGAUGUGCUGUGAAAUGUAAAAAGAUGGUACUGAUGACGGAGCAGGCGGACAGACCUCUGACCCCGUUAUCUACACCGGAGCAACUUUCCAGCAGGGACUCCCGCGGGAUUCGCUCGACGUCUGAGGUGGAGAAUGGGGGUGAGAGGAGGCGAGGACGGUCACCUGUAGACCUCCACCUGGGUCUGGACACAGAGUCCGAGCCGUCAGAGAGCAGGAAGAAACCAGCCAGCAAGAGACUCAAACCUGUGGAGCAGCUUUCACCGAUGCUGAGUCCAAGUGACUUUGAAACUAAGUUUGAAAGGAAGAAAUCGCAGCCCAGUCAGUUAUCAAAGACAAAUGCUCAGUAUCAUAAGUUAUUCAAGGAAGUCAGCAAAGAUGAGUCACUCAAACAAAGUUACACUUGUGCCCUGCAGAAAGACAUGUUGUAUCAGGGCAAAAUGUUCGUCUCUGAUAACUGGAUCUGUUUCCACUCCAAAGUCUUCGGCAGAGACACGAAGAUUUCAAUCCCAGCGGUGUCCGUGACAUUCAUCAAGAAAACCAAAACUGCAUUAUUAGUGCCAAACGCUCUUGUGAUUGAAACUACAAGUGACCAGCACGUGUUCGUGUCCCUCCUGUCUCGAAACACCACCUACAAACUCCUGAGAUCCAUCUGCAUCCACCUGGAGGUGGAUAAGACCUGCAACAGCCCCGUCACCUCGUCCUGUGACAGCAGCUUCAGAGUGAACUGCCCGUCGGCGCUUCCUCUGGACUUUUCCAGAGACUUCUCCGACCUGGACGGCGUCGUGCAGCAGCGGCGGCAGGAGAUGAUGGAGAGCAGCAGCUCCGGGUCUCAGACUCCAGACUAUGACAAACUAACCGACUUCGGCGGCCUCCCCGACACGUUUCUGAGCGCAGUGAAGAGCGGAGAGGUUUCGGUCCACGCCGACAUCCACCUGCAGACUCCGGGCCAAAAACACAGAGCCGCCCUCAACAACGGUUCAGCCAAACCAACCCGUGGAGACAAAUCCUCACAGUCGGUGUCGCUACACGCCAUCCUCCUCAUCUAUUUGGUUUUAGUCGGUGUUCUUGUCUUGUCCUCCUGUUACAUGGCUUUCAAGAUUGUGGCUCUGGAGCAUCGCCUGAACUCCCUGGUGUCGGUGGGGGAGAACAUUCGGAACGAGAACGCAGUGAGCCGCAGGUCUCAGGAUGAAGUGAACGCUGAGAUCUACGGAGAACUGUCCACCAACCUGUUCAAGCUAGAAAAGAUGUCCGAUAUGUUCUGUCAUCCUAGAUUCAGGAAAACCUCCGGAAGCUGCUUGAAGAGACUUAAACGCAGCCGGUCGUGUGUCGGUCUGUCCCGACAGAAGCUUUAUCUUCAAUUAUUUAUGUCGGUUGAACUGUGCAGAUCAGCAGUGAUCAGAUGCGAUCUGACGCCAAAGCUCGUUCAAGACAGCUCUCUUCAGCUGGUGUGAACUUUUAACUGAAAUCGUGCAAUAAGAACUUCUUUCCCCCUUUUCCCACUCAGGACUAUUUUAUCGCUCUUUUUAGACAAGACGUUGUGCUGGAGGGUAACUGGAGGGUAAACUGAAGCAGCAUGUUAGUGUUAGUGAAGCGUGUGUGUACUAUUUAUCUGAGAGCAUUUAUUUUGCAUUUCACCAUGGUGGGAUUUUUACUUAAGGUCCAAAGGUCCUGUUUCAUUGUUUUCCAAACAUGUCAGAAAAGGUCAACUUGUGCUGUUUAAUGUUCUUUUCUUAGAAUUAAAUUGCCAAUAAAUUAUAUUUAUGUCAUGUACAUAAGUCACUCAGCAGGGGAUGUGUGUAUGAUGUCUUUUAAUUACAUUUACAGCCAAUUUUCACUGAUAGUGUGUGAUAUUUGUGAAUACAGUUCGGCUGCACAUGAGUGUGAAAACAUGUUGAAUCCAUCUGCAAAAGAGAGUAAAACAUCUGGGUUUAAUCUGUGUUUUUAUUGUAAAUAUGGAUUUUUGACUAAAACUGUCUGUAAUCAUAUAGAUUAUAGAUUACAGGAUUAUUCGCUCGUAUAACUGAAGAGAUUUUCAACUAAUUUAAAAUGUCCUGUUUUUCCCUUCGUCAGCGUCAGAGAACAUUUCCACUGUAACUUUGAUUUUGUUUCAGGAGCAAUAGAAGCUCGUGUUUUCAGCGGUGGUAAACCCACACUGUGCCUUUCUACAUCGCUUUAUAACUACAUCGCAGUUGUGAAAUAAAAAGCUCUGAUGCAUAUCUUCAAGAGUAUUUCUAUUUCUUGAGAGCAGUUCUGACAUAAACUCAAACAAAUGGAGGCAAACAACUAAACCUAAUCAGAAUUAUAAGUUACAGAGGUGUUUGAAUCCCAGUUGC